UAGUCCCAAACGUACCCGCCAAAACUCGCGUCCUCAACUCGUUCAGCUCGAUUGACUCAGUUUGAUGAACGAGAGCUCCUCGCAGAUUCGAUUCAAUUUUUGCCCUAAAUUUCAUAUCAGAAGAUCUUCAAAAUAAGGCGCACAACCCAAUUUUCCUCACUCCGAUGUCGAAUCAGGCGAUUGCCACGAACAUUUGCAAGCUAAUCGUGAAAUCUGGCCUUAAACCCUUCAAAACGACGCCAUCGCUGCUUUCGAAUCUUGAUACUCAGAUAACCCACUUGGUUUUGUCCAAUCCAAAUGUUCCGACUCAGUCUUGUUUGAGUUUUUUCAACUUCCUCCGAAGCAACCCUUCUCACAAACCCGAUCUUCGGGCGCAUUUAAUCCUCGUCUCUAGGUUGUAUGGAGCUCGGAAGUUCGCCGUAAUGAAAAAUGUGUUGAACUUUAUCGCCAACGAUGAAAAUCUCCGAAGCACUACUGAGCGGAUUGUUGCUUCGAUUGGGAGUGAGUUCAAUGAGCCUAAAUUUGUUGAUAAAUUGUGUGAUAUGUUAUUUAGGGUAUAUGUGGAUAACAGAAUGUUCGAUUCGGCUUUGGGUGUUUUUGAUUAUGCGAAAAAUAACGGAUUGGAGAUUGAGGAGAGAUCCUGUUUUGUGUUUUUGCUUGCUUUGAAAAGGUCUGUUAAUGUGGAAUUAUCUUUAGAACUCUUGCGUAAAAUGGUCGAUUCGGGCGUGGAAAUCACUGUUUAUUCAUUGACGAUUGUGAUUGAUGGGUUGUGUAGGAAGGGGGAUGUUGAAAGGGCUAAGACUUUGAUGGAUGAACUGGUUGGCAAAGGGAUUAAGCCCAAUGUUUUCACAUAUAAUACUCUUUUGAAUGCUUAUACUGAAAGGAAGGAUAUGUGUAGUGUAAAUGAGAUUCUUAGCUUGAUGGAGAAGGAUGGUGUGGAUUAUAAUGCAGCAACAUAUACAAUUUUGAUUGAAUGGUAUUCAAGAAGCGGGAAAAUUGAGGAAGCAGAGAAGCUGUUUGAUGAAAUGCUUAAGAAAAAUAUAGAGCCUGAUGUUUAUGUUUACACCUCGAUUAUAAACUGGAACUGUAAUUCUGGGAACAUGAAGAGGGCCUUUGCUCUGUUUGAUGAAAUGACUGAGAGAGGGCUUGUUCCAAAUUCUUACACUUAUGGGGCUCUUAUAAAUGGUGCGUGUAAGGCAGGGCUGAUGGAGGCAGCUGAGAUACUGGUAAAUGAUAUGCAAAGCCAAGGGAUUGAUGUAAAUCAAGUGCUAUUCAAUACGUUGAUAGAUGGGUACUGCAAAAAGGGGAUGAUUGAUGAAGCUCUGAGGUUGCAGGAGAUCAUGCAGCAAAAAGGAUUGGAGAUCGAUGUGUUUACUUAUAACAUAAUUGCAAGUGGCUUUUGCAGAUCGAAUCGGCGAGAGGAAGCGAGGAGAUUAUUGCUCACAAUGGAAGAAAGGGGAGUGGCUCCAAAUGCAGUGAGCUUCAGUAUUUUGAUUGACAUUUACUGCAAAGAAGGAAAUUUUGCAGAAGCGAAGAGGCUGUUGAAGGAGAUGGAGAAGAAGGGUGAGGUACCAAAUGUUGUUACGUACAAUACUUUCAUUGAAGGCUAUGGCAAGAAGAGAAAGAUGGAGGAGGCAUACAAGCUCAAAAAUGAGAUGCAAGAAAGGGGGUUAAUGCCAGAUACAUUUACAUAUACAUCACUUAUAAAUGGGGAAUGCAUUCGUGGGAACGUGGAUACCGCACUGGAACUGUUCAACGAGAUGCCACAGCAAGGAUUAAGUAGAAACGUAGUUACUUAUGCAGCGAUGAUAUCCGGGUUGUCCAAGGAUGGCAGAGCCAAUGAAGCUUUUAGAUUGUACGAUGAAAUGAAAGCAGCAGGCAUUAAGCCUGAUGAUAGAAUAUAUCCUUCCUUGACAGGGAGCCUUCAUAGAACAGGGUCUUAGUUCCGGGAUUGGGAAAUGGCAUCGAUAAGAUUUCAGCUCGUUGAGGAAACAGUUUUUUGGUGUUAAGAUACAAUUCUCCAAAGAGGUAAUGUCCUAUAAACCAAGGAUUGCUGACGAAAAAGUUAAAAGUUAUCUCGAACUUGAGCAACACAAGAAGGAAUUUGAGGCCCAGAAGAGUUGUGUUGCCUUUUAAAAGAGCCAAUAUGGCGAAUGCUAUUGUGAAAAGAAUGGCUUAUGUGAGCCAUUUCAAACACAUAUUUGAGACAAUCCCAAUACAUUCAAAGAUGCCAUCGUGCGCAUACAGCAACAGCGACUGAUUUUUCUUCAUCGCUGUAAUUCUGA